GUAAGCUUUGUGUUGGUGAGGAUCACACUGUAUAGACUCUCCUGUUUUAAAGUUGUGUAUUGAGUCAUUGUGUUGUGACAUAACGUGUCAUCCUAAAAUGAUGGAUGGACAUCUUUGGGUCUGUUAAACAAGUGAUCCGCAGAAGACACCAUAAGGUGUGUGUGAAGUGGUGGGGAGCAGACGGCCAUGUUUUCCCUCUUCAGUAGAUCUUACAAUCUGUUACCUGUGGAUAUACGCCAUGAUGUCGGCAGAGCGCAAACACUAACACCAGCAAUGCCGUACGCUUCAGACGACAGUAUGAGCAGCUCAAGCGCCAGUUCCCUGGAGUUGAGCCACAGCCAUGACGACACCCUCAGCAGCACCGACAGCUUCUGCAACAGCGAGGAUGGUGACUGCCACCACGUGCAGCUCCGGAACCACCAUCACCAGCACCACUACCGACAGCAUAGCAUCUGCAGCAGCGUCCACAGCCACAGGGAUACUAUCGGAUAUAAAGAAAGUGUGGAGGCUGUUGAGCUUAGCAGUAUACAAAUGGAGGUCACAACGAGGCUACUGGAAGGGGAAAAGAAAAGACUGCUGCUGUUGAAACACAACCUCGAGUUGUGCCUGUCACACGUAGAGGCGUCAAAGGCUGAAAUCGAAAUGCUCAAGGAGAAUAUAGUGAGGAUAGAACAGAAAUGUAAGCAUCUGGACGAGGAGUACAGAGUGGGAUGUAAGGAGGCGCUUGUCAGGAGGAUCAACAUGGGCAGCAAGUCGUCCAGAAGCCAACCCGCCAUUGGUGUCAAGCAGACAGCGAAACAAAGGCCCACCAUCUUCGGUACAGUCACUCAGCCACAGUGCGUACAGCCCAAGACAAAGAAUCGUGAAAGUAUUGGAGCCCAGAUGUUGAGUUUGGCUCAGAUGUUUGGCUCCGGCUCCGGUUACAUGGGAACAGACAACAACAACCACACGGAGAAAGAUUGUGAACGAGACGCCCUGAUAUUUGAGAACGGCAAUUUGCACUCUGGACCCCUGGAGGCCCUGAUACAACACCUGGUACCCACAUCGGAUUACUAUCCUGAUCGCACCUAUACAUUUGCCUUCUUGUUGAGUUCACGUCUGUUCAUUCGACCUCAUGACCUCUUAGCAGAAGUAUUGAAGCUCUGUGUUUUGCAACAGAAUCUCACCCAUGACAAUGUUGACAAAGUCAAACUGGGCAAAUUUGGGCCACACAUUGUCAACUUGCUCAGUGAAUGGACAGAGACGUUCCCUUAUGACUUCCGUGAUGAGAGAAUGAUGAAACAGCUAAGGGACAUCACUCAGCGAGUCAUCGCCAUUUACCCGGACUUAAGGAAAGAAAUCAACAAUUUGAGCUAUAACCUAGUUACCAAGUUGACAAACUUAAAAAGCUAUGAAGAAAGUUUAAACAGAAUUGAAACAGAAGAAAGACAGAAAGCACAAACACAACUUGUAGCCUCAACAGACAUUAUGGAGUUAUGCCCCAGCCCCCUUGUCCUGGCCCAACAGUUGACACACAUCGAAUUGGAGAGAUUAAGUAUGAUUGGCCCUGAAGAGUUCGUCCAGGCAUUUACAAAAGAAAGAUUACAAUCAGAAAUGCUCAACAUUCAAGACAUGAAAAUCACACACAACUUGGAAUCAUAUGUUCAAUGGUUCAACAGAUUAAGUUACCUUGUGGCCUCAGAGAUAACCUCACAAAUAAAAAAGAAAAACAGAAUCAAAAUGGUGGAGUAUUUCAUAGAUGUUGCUAAAGAGUGUAUCAACAUUGGCAACUUCAACUCGUUGAUGGCAAUCAUUGCUGGCAUGAACUUGAGUCCAGUCACCAGGUUAAAGAAAACUUGGGCCAAAGUCAACAGAGACAAAUUAAAAAUUUUAGAGCACCAGAUGGACCCAAGCAACAACUUUGGCAGUUACAGGUCGUGUCUGAAGGCAGCCAUGUGGAGAUCUGAGGGAGCAGCAGAAGAAAGAGAGAAGAUUGUGAUUCCAUUCUUUAGUCUGUUUGUCAAGGAUCUUUAUUUCCUGAAUGAGGGUUGUUCUAGUCGCCAAGAGGACGGCUCUGUGAAUUUCCAGAAGUGCUGGCAGAUGGCCAAACAGAUCUCUGAUCUGAUCUCAUGGCAGCAGGUGGAGUGUCCAUUUGAACGCAACAAGGUUCUGAUCAACUAUUUGUUGACUACACCAAUAUACAAGGAAACUAUGUUGUCAUUGGCCUCCUAUGAGUGUGAGACUGCCGAGACUAGUUACGACAGAGAAAGAUAUAAGCAGAUUAAAUCCCAGACUUCGUUGUGACUGGGUUGAGAUUUCAAAAGCCAUGUAUGUGCUCAACAGUUGUUCACGACAGGAAGUUGUCAAUACAUAUCCCAUGUUGCUCUACACAUGACCAGGGUUGACCCCAUUGUGUGUGUCCUCAUAGUGAAACAAGACCAAAUCACCAAGCACAUGCUUUGAUAGCACAAUGUUAUGUGUUCUAUUGUUUCAACAGCGUCCUCUUGUUAUUCUCAGCCAAUCAAUGAUUCCUAUAUACAUCGCUGGGCGAUUGACUUGUUGGUUUUGCUUAUAUACAUUUAUAAAACAUACAUAUACAUGUGUGAGUGAAUUAUUUUCAUUUUCUGAUAUUUGAAUCAAAUCUUGAAUUAAAAGCUUGCUUUGCAUUUAUAAGAUAGAAAACAAAAUAUAUUUAAAAUAAAUAUUUUUGAAUAAUUUUUUUUUACAUCAAUUUUUAAGCAAAUAGUAUCUUUUUCUUUUUUUCCAAAAAAAGAUGUACAUUUUUGUAAAUGAAAUAAUUAAGUACCAUUUCACAAAUUGUACAUUAGUUCAGAUUUUUAUUUCAUGUAAAUUUCCUUGUAUUGUUUUUAGUACAUGGUUUGGGGAGAGUUAUCUACCAAAUAGUUUUGUUACAUUUGAAGUGAAUUGCUGUGCAAUAUUAAAAAAAGCUGUUUUUAUUAUAUUCAUCUGCUUCUUAAUCUAGUUAUAUGUAGUGUGACUAUGUAAUUAUAGUUUCUGGAUUUUGUUUACUGUGUAUUUAGAGUGUAUACACAUUACUACCUGCCAUCGGAUGCUAUUUAUAGGUUUCUUUUUGUACAGAAGCUCAUAUGUGUCCCUUUCAAUUAAACGAAAGUGGAUUUUUAUGGAAGCUAGUUAAAACAAUGAUCUUUGUCUGUUUUCUGAUACAAUGAAAUGUGACUAUAUAGUCCAUCUGUGUUAUAAACUUAUAGCCAUCUAUUUUAUAAAGUUAUUUAUAUCUAAUCAUGAAGAGUCAAAGAAUGAUGUAAUAUAAUGAAGAACAUUGACAUUGAUAUUUAUACACACAAAUAUUUACCACAUUUUUAACAAUCUUGCUAUUUAUAAAAACUAUCUACUGGUAUUCAUUCUUGUACUACUACGGCCCACGCCAUCAUGGUAUGAUGAUGACCAUAUUUGUCAUAUCCAUGGGGGCUUAGGGCCCUGCACUGUGGUUUUGUGUGCUGCAGCUUAUGUGACUGCUGAGACCUAAGUGAGCCAAGAAUAUUCAGCUGCACACUGAGCAGGUUAUUCCAGUUGGAGCUAGUUCGAUUCCUAAAUAUGGUCAAAGCCAAACACACACCCACACAGUCUUUAUCAACCAUUCAUUAUGUAACAAACUUUGUGAAAUAAAUUCAACCAAUGAACUUGGUUUCAAAAAUGCUCUUCUGUAAUGAAUGAAUACUUUUAACUUGAUGGUUCUAAACCAGGCAGAUUCAUCUAGUGUCGUUGUUCUUCUUCUAGCCAGCUUUAUUGCUGCUGAGCUGUGAGCUCUUUUGCAGACUGUGCCAAGGAAAAAUAGUGUGCUGUUUUCUUCAGUUGUUCAGCACUGCCGGUCUAGUGUUAUAUGAAUAUAUCUUUAUCUUCUCUGUAAUUGUCCUAAGAGCUGCUCUCUUGGAACUUAAGGCCUAUGAAACCUCCCAUUCUUCAGCCUGUCUGUCUGGGAGGGAUUCAAGCAGACGCCAUUUAUACUCCAUGUGUUACUUAAGUGAUUUUGUUCUUGUGAGACUCAUCUACAACUUUAAAGACUUUUUGUGACCUAAGAUUCCCUCUCCAAUUUUUUUAUUCAAUUUUAGAGAUUUUAUUGCAAGAAUCAUCUUCAACUAGCAGAUUUAUGACAUUUGAUGGUGUUUAUACAGUUCUGUUGUUGCAGCAUAUUUUACCAUUUGUAAUUAUUAGUGUGGUCUAGGAAUUAUGGGAUGAAAAUAUGAUCAUGCAAGUGAAUGGUGUAAAAUACUUUUUCUUUCUGAGUAUUUAAACUAACCGACCAAAUUUAUGACAAGUUUAAAGACCAAAUUUAGAACAAAAAAAUUCAUUUUGUAAUCAUUAUUGAGCUUAUCAAUAUCACGUACUAUUGGCCAGUAAAUUUAUUUUGUAAUUGAACUAGUUUUGUGUGUAGUAUCAUACUUAUUUGUUUAGUGGGAUCAGUGUUUUCUUAUUUAAAUGUUAAAGUGACAUCUCAGUAGCAUAGUUUGAGUGGUUUAUGCUGGGAUACUUAGUAUAUUUCAUUUAAUCUUUAGCUACUUAUUAGGUAGUUGUGCCUGGUGUUUUCCCCUUUCUGCCUAGUUUAAAGAAAAUCAUUGUAAAUUAUUUUUACGCACAUUGACGGAUUAAUGUUCGGAAGUGUUGCAUACCAGACAAUUUAUAUUUUAACUCAAAUCAAGUUUGAACUGGUUCUGUGUUUGGUAAAGUAAAAGUACAUCCUGCAGUAUUUACCUCCUGACAAUUUUUCACUCAUUAAACUCUUGUAUGGCUUGCCUUAACUCUUAUAUGUGUGUGAUUAUGUCAAUGUCUGAGACGACUUACGUAUACUUACCUAUGCCUGGCCUAAGUACACACAGAUGUAAUAAUGUACGAGGGGAUCACUUAUUAUGGAUGCAUUAUUUCCCUUGAAACGUAUUUCAGGGGUGCAUAACUUAGUUGUUAUCUCAUCAAUCAUAUCAACUGCUGUUGAGUGUUAACCGAUAUUACAACUGACCUAAGAAACAAACACCGAACUGUGCCCAGCUGUUUCAGCAUUGCUCCUGAAGCGUUAAGAGUAGUGUACCUUUGAUUUAUAUCCUGAACUAAGUAACCUUAUGUCUGAGUUAACAAUUCUAACUCGUCGAAAUUGAUUCCGUGUCAGUAACAACAAUGAUUGAAAUAUUCAGUUGCGUUUCAUGAAUAAUUUGGUAGCAGAAAUGUCCACUAGUUUGAGUUCUUUUGACUUUAUUCUCCACUUGUGUACAAAAUGUCAUCAGAAUGUUGUACAUUGUUUUCCUUGUUUAUCAUGUAAAACUUCCUUGUUGUUUCCAUUGUAAUAAUGUUUUAGCCUUAUGGCCUGUACAUCUAAACAGUGAUUGAUAUUUAUUUCAAAAUAAAAAAAAGUCUGAUUUACAAUGAACAAAAAGACCUUGGGUU